AACCUCGACUGGCCAUUAUUUAUUAAGUUGUCUUAUUCCUCCCCAGAAAAUAUUGAUGCUGUGAACUAUUGAUUAAACUAUUUCUCUACCAAAAAAUCUUUAAUGUCUCAAAAUUGAUGUGAAUUUCGUAACUUUGACUAACAAAUGGUCCUAUGAAUGUUCUGCUUAACGUUGGUCGUGACCAUGACCAUGGCUCAGAAGUCGAGAGAUGUGGAUACUCUAAUAAACACUUGUAUAGAUUCUAAACAUCACUAAAGUGCACCAGGACCAGAAGGCAGUCUGUUUACUACGUGUCAUCAGUGGAAGAAUAGGUCCUGCUGUACAGAGAAUACUACUAGACUUAUUCACGAGUCUAGUCCUUACAACUUCAAUUAUGACCACUGUUCUCGAGUAGAGUCCAUGUCCUCGGAAUGUAAACGGCAUUUCAUGCUCGAUCACUGCUUUUACGAAUGUUCACCCAAUGUUGGCCCAUGGGUCGUGUCGGAAAAUCACUCGUGGCGGCAGGAAAGAUACUGGGAGUCCCUCUGUGUGCCAUUGAUUGAGCUUUGGUUUACUGAGUGUGCCAACGAUGUCACUUGCACAGACAAUUGGACCAACAAUUUCAGGUGGUUGAAUAUGACGGGUGAUUGCCCAACAAAAGGAAGCUGCUUGACAAAUUACUGCCCCGUAAAUUCUACCUGUCAAACAUUUAAAGAAAUCUAUAGGACAGCCCGGAACUUCUGUGAAAAGGUGUGGGACAAUGCUUGGAAAUAUGCUGAACCGACAACACCAUGUAUGCACCUACAGUUCAACCAAUCUGCCAUCAAUCCAAAUGAUGCUGUUGCUCUACAUUAUGCACAGAUUAUAGCUGGUUCCCAGAUGCACAGCUGCAACCUAAUGUGGUUUAGUAUACAACUUGCUGUUUGGGCAUUUAUCAAUAGAAUAUUAACAGUUGCAUCCUAGACUUGGCUUGUUGCCAUAGUUCAUUAAUUAACUCUUUACUUUUGACUAUAAACUUGCCCUUGCUGAGGGGAAACGAUUCUAUUAAAAUGUUUACAAAGAAAAAAAAAAAUUCUGAGUGUAAUAUCCUGAUCACAUGAGUAAUAGUGUGCUGUAUUCUGGUUCUGCCCUUGUGCCUUGUCUACCUCUAUUAAAUUAUCUGAAAUGUGCCAGAAAUAAAA